AGACCGAUUCCUCGUUUUCCACCUCUUGUAAGUGCCAAGGUGCUAGUCCAAUACUUUGAUUUUAGAGACAGAUGUCUGAGAAAGCCUCAUAUGACAUUCCGACCCCUCACGGAGGUUAUCAUUCCCGUGGGGGCGAAUCCGAGUCGUUAGGGCUCACUCAUACCCCAAGACGUGCUUCAGCUUUGAACACAAUAGUAGCUUCUGUCGCAUUGUUAUUCAUCCUUGUUUCGCAGGUUUGGUCAACAUACUGGAGAUUCAAACUGCCCCCUUUAGAGCAUGUUCCUUCCAACGGCUCUGAAGGAGUCGCUCGUUUACCAUUUAUGGGUUUUAACACCUGGAAUGCAUACCAUUGCGACAUCAAUGAGUCCAUUAUCGUCGAGAAUGCACGUCUCAUGGAGACUCUUGGGUUGCUGGGCGCUGGAUACAAUUACAUGAAUAUCGAUGAUUGCUACUCGGAAAAGAAGCGAAGUCCAGAAGGUGACAUUGUUGCGCACAAGACACGCUUUCCGUCAGGCAUGAAAGCCUUGACGAAUGAGAUCCAUCAGCUUGGAAUGAAAGCCGGAAUCUAUGGCGACUCCGGAUGGUUUACCUGCCAACUUUAUCCAGGAUCAUUCCAGAAUGAGCUACGAGAUGCACGAUUAUUUCAGUUAGAAUGGGGCUUCGAUCUGUUGAAGUUCGACAAUUGCGCAGUUCCGUUCGACCAUAUCAUACGAGAAGGUAUCGUCGGUAAGUACCAACGAAUGGCAGAUGCAAUAUCCCAAGUCUCGAAGGAACCUGGGAAACUUCCUAUGGUAUUUUCUUUGUGUCAAUGGGGCAGGGAGCAGCCAUGGCUAUGGGGGAAGAGGUUUAGCCAAAGUUGGAGGACGACGGGUGACAUCGAACCUACUUGGAGGAGCAUAGCCAGCAUCAUAAAUCAAUUCAGGAAUUCGUUCAUCACUUGGGCGUCUGACUUCUACGGUCAUAAUGAUAUGGAUAUCCUUGAAGUCGGCAAUGGCGCCUUGACCUACGAAGAGGAGAAGGCACAUUUUACAGCAUGGGCACUGAUGAAAUCUCCACUACUCAUCGGAGCCGACCUGGCGAGUGUCUCUAAAGAGGCUCUUGAAAUUUUGAAGAACGAGGAUGUCAUCGCCAUCAACCAAGACCCUGUGGUCGGAACUGCAAUUUCUCCUUUCAGAUGGGGCAUCAAUCCCGAUUGGGUUAGUAACGAAACCCAUCCCGCACAGUACUGGAGUGAUGAGAGCGCGAAUGGGACUGUUUUCAUGCUGCUCAAUACACUCGAUGAACCGGCGGACAUGUUCUUCAAUCUCACUGAGUCGCCUUGGAUUCGUGCCGGACGAAAAUACUCUGUUCGCGAUCUUUGGAGCCAUAGUGAGAAUGGCACAGCCAUUCGAAAUUUCACCGCGCAAGGUGUACCAGCCCAUGGAGUGAUCGCCUUGUUGCUGCGUGACGCUGGUGAUGAACCUGAAGCUCUUGAACCCCCCUGCGUCAGACCUGAGUGGUGUAUGGAUCAGAACGGCACACUCAUCGAGUCUGGUGUAUCGAACUCGCAUUUGGACCUCUGAGCUGUACAAAUAUGUUAUCAUCCUGUGUACUGUAUUUAUGACCGAAUGUAUUCUAUUUUGCAGAGCACAAUACGCAUAAGAAAACGAAGCUGAAUGCUC